CUUAAAAUAACAAGAUAUUUCCAGAUAUUUUAUGAGUUGGGUGGUUAUGUUGGUGUGAAAAAAUAAAAUGGCAUAAAGUCCAUCUCUAGGUUUUGACAUCAGCCUGGAAGCUCAGGUGAGCUGAUCUUCGUGCUGCAUUUACAGUCAUUUUUUCAUAAUUUAAUCAAGAUUCAUUUGGAGUCAGGUAAUCUUUACAUAAAACAAAGCCUUUACCUAAAAUCUAGGAAUUCCUUUAGUAAUUUGCUAGUAAUGCUCAGUCAUUUGAAGUUGCAGCUGCUGAGUUGCUCUCUCUCUUUCUGUGUGUGAGUAUUUGCAAAAUGAGCAACAGAAAUCAGACAGCAGAGCAGGACCAAGUAGCUCUCCUCUCUCCCUCUCUCUCCAUCUUUCUCUCUCUCUCUGCCUUUCUCCCUCUCUCUCUGUCUCUCCCUCACCCGUUUUACUGUAGCAUCGACACACUGCUUCAUCUUCUCCGUCAACUCACUGUUCUCCAGAGGAUUUUAUUGAUCACUGGUGAAUUUACCUCAUUAUUCUUCCAUCAGGACUUUUUAUUUUUAACCGUGAGCUGCAAGAUUUUGUGGUUAACACUUUACAAACAGCGUAUUGUUCCAGGACCCAGUUUUUUUUAUUUUAUUUUAUUUAUUAUAACAACAACCAUCUUUUGGAAACCAUGAGUGCGUGCAGCAGGAAGGCUCUGACUUUACUCAGCAGUGUCUUUGCAAUCAGUGGCCUGGGGCUGCUGGGAGUGGCGGUGAGCACAGAUUACUGGCUCUACCUGGAGGAGGGAGUCAUCAUGCCUCUGAACCAGACGGCUGACAUCAAGACGUCACUGCACUCAGGUCUCUGGAGGGUCUGCUUUCUGGCUGGUGAGGAAUCCGGCCGCUGCUCCACCAUCGAGUACAUGAUGCCAACGAGUCUCCAGCUGACGUCAGAGUCCACAGGAAAUGUACUCAAGAUGAUCCGCUCAUCGACUCCAUUCCCUCUGGUCAGCCUCUUCUUCAUGUUCAUCGGUUUUGUCCUCAACAACAUCGGACACGUCCGUCCUCACCGCACCAUCCUGGCGUUUGUUUCAGGAAUCUUCUUUAUCCUUUCUGGGCUGGCUCUAGUGGUGGGUCUGGUAUUGUACAUCUCCAGCAUAAAUGAUGAGAUGCUGAACAGAACAAAGAGCAGUGAGGUCUACUUCUCCUACAAGUAUGGCUGGUCUUUCGCCUUCGCUGCCCUCUCCUUCCUGCUCACUGAGAGUGCGGGAGUCAUGUCUGUCUACCUGUUCAUGAAGCGCUACACAGCAGAGGAGAUCUACCAGGCUCGCCGCCCCAAUUUCUACCGGCCUCGGCUCAGCAACUGCUCUGACCACUCCGGUCAGUUCCUCCACCCAGAGUCCUGGUCGCGUGGACGAAGCCCCUCUGACAUUUCAAGCGAAGCGUCACUGCAGAUGAGCGCCAGCUACCCCGCUCUCCUCAAAUGUCCCGACUAUGACCAGGUGUCAUCUUCACCUUGCUGAGUCAUCAGAGGUCGAUUAAAGGUCACUGAGCAAUCUCUUAAAGAGUCAAAUAGCAAAGUGAAACAAAGAAGUUUCAUUGUAUUGAACAGAGACCAGCCAAAUAAGUGAGUGCUAUUGGUCAGAAGACUUGAGUUGAGUUAAUUCCUAUCAGGAAAAAAUAGAUUUCUUUGUGAAUACAGUACAUUUUCAGCUUAAAAGCGUAUGCUGAAAAGUUUUAAUUUUGUUAGGAUCUUAUAUGACAGACCAGUGUUUUCAAUCCAAAGAGCCAUUUUUACAUUCAGUCAUGCUAAUUAAAAUUUAUUUUGAUCCACAAAUGUUACUGAAUAUAGUAAAUUAAUUUGAAGAGCCACAAUUUUAUUUCUAUUUUUAGGUUUUACAGUUAGGAAAAACAUAACUUUCCAACUUUAAUGAAGUGUUGACAUUUGCGGAAAAUGAAUUAGAAAAAAGCACAUAGUUUCCAACUUAAUGACAAGAGAAAUUAAAUCUAAAUAUAUCAUUACUAGAACUUUUAGUUUCAGUCUGUUGUGGAAAUCAAUGCAAUUAUUCCAUUAAAAAAACUGCUAAAACCUGCAUUUGUUGUUAUAUCUACAUCUAAAAACAUUAGUUGGUUGAAACAUUAAUUGAAAACUCGAUCUAGUGACCAAUGUUGAGGGCAACUAGAUAAGAAGAAAACCAGAUGACUCUUCUCUCGGCUACUCAAACACCAUUUGAGUGUUUGUCUGAGAACCAUAUUUUUUCCUUCCACUUCAAAGAAUGACCUUCUUUGGUCUACAAUGCAAAACUCAAUAAAACAUAAUAAAGCUUGAGAUUGUAAGGUGACAAAAUAUGAAAAGGUUUGAGAGUUAGACACAGACAUGUCCUUUCUCCAGAUAUCACACCUUUUCCAGACAAUGAACAAAACUCCAAUAGUUGAAGUCACAAAAGGGUCUGUUUUUGUUUGAUUGGGAAGCUAAAUUUAUAUCAGAGACAAUAUGAAUAGCUUCCAUUGUGAUCUUUUAUUCUAUAUUGUAAAAGAACAAGAUAUGUUGUAUUUUAAAAAUACUCUGCAUAGCAAAGUAGACUUUAUGCAACACUAUAAGUUGAUAAAUCUUUGAUAAUUUAACUGAACAGUUUUCAAAUUGUAAUUUUAAGGAAAGCGCCUGUAGGGGGCACCAGUGUUCCAUGUCCUGUCCAAUAAGUGUUUUUGCAGAAACCCAACCGGUUUUUCCGAACAUAUCCUGUUCGGCUUCCUGUUUGCUUACCUUGGUUGCCUUUAGUCAGCCACGUAGCAAAACAGUCUUUCUCUACACUUGAAAAGUAAUAAAUAUCUUUCUGCAA